AUGAAAGCUCAUCCAAAUGAAAUGUAUUUUUAUUCUGAAGUUUAUAAACUUUUCAUUGAACAAUAUGACUAUUAGUUUUCAAUAACACAUUCAUUAUUUAAUUCUGAAAAAUAAUUCUUUGGAAUGGCUAAGACUUUACUCACAAUUAAUGAUCCUAGUUUUGAAUAUGUUUUGUACAAUAUCAUGCUAAUAAAUUAUGCUGGAUAAGUUUUGUAUAAUGGAAUGGAAAUGUGGUAAAAUUUAACUGAUAUUUUUUACAUUUAUAAUGAAACUAUAACAGGUUUUAAUUCAACAGACUGGUACCAAAUAGAAAAACAUGCUGUUCAUCGAUUAAAUAAAAAUGAUCAAGCUACUUAAAUCUUGAUUUUGUUUAAUAAAUAUCAUUAAUAAUAUGUACAUGUUCAAAGUGAAAAAUUCAAAAAAGAGAAUUUUACUCUUAUAAUGUAAAGUUAAUUGAUAUUCUAGAUUUACAAAUGUUAGUUCAAUUAAUAUAAUGGAAAAAUAAUUUUUUGAUAUAGAAUAAUCAUUCAUCUUUUGGAAUUUCUUAGCUGCUGCAAUAGUUAUUUCAAUUAGUUCAUUAACAUUUACAAUCAGCCUAAUUAUCAUUAAUUCAAUAUGUAAACCACUAACUAAGUUAACAAAUCAAGUAUCCUUACAUGUUUUGCAAUUAGGAAAUAAUAUUAAUUAACAAUUGUUUAAAAUGUUUAACAAAAAUAUAAAUUCAUUGAACUUAUUGAAAAAUUUAAAUAACAAAUUCUUGAAUUUUUAGAAGCUAUUACUUCAAAGUCAAACUAAAAAAUGUUAAAAUUGUCGGCUUCUAGAAAAAAUGACUUUCAAUAAAAAAGAAAGUAAUAUCAAUACAAAAAUAAUUCGUAAAUAAAAUAUUCAAAUACCUGAAUUUAUAUAUGUUGAAUAGAUUAAGGUAUUAGAUAUAAUCAAAUAAAGCCUUUUUAAGGUUAAUUAAUGA